AUGCCGCCCUCGACCGCGAGACGACCUCUUCGCACCGCCGGCUGCUCCGGCAGUUGCAUGGACCGCCGCGACGCCCUCGCUCGCCUCGCCAAGCUGCCCGACCUCGACAUGAUCCACGGCGACUGGCUCUCCGAGUACAACAUGUCGGCGCGCGCCGGCGACCAGCUCGACCACUCGGACGCGUUCGAGGCCUCGCUCCUCGAGGCGCUCGAACCAGCUCUCGCCAACCUCGCCAAGAACUCGAUCCGGUUCGUCUGCAACGCCGGCGCGUCGAGCACCCGCCAGCUCGCCGACCUCGUCGACAAGACGGCGCGCGCUCAAGGACUCGACCUCUCGGUCGCGUGGAUCUCGGGUGACGAGGUGUGGGACAAGCUCGCCGAGGACAUCAAGAAGGACCCGAGGGGCUUCACGUCGCUCACGACCGAGACGGGCAUCCAGGACUGGGGCCACGCGCCCGUUUAUGCCCAAGCGUACCUAGGCGGCUUCGGUAUCGCUGCAGCACUCGAGCGAGGCGCCGACAUCAUCAUCUGUGGUCGUGUCGCCGACGCCUCGCCCCUCAUCGGUGCUGCGGCCUGGUGGCACGGCUGGACGCACGACUCGCUCGACGAGUUGGCGGGCGCGUUCAUCGGAGGGCACCUGACCGAGUGUUCCAACUACGUCACCGGCGGCAACUACUCGGGCUUCAAGCAGCUCCAGGGUCGUUGGGCGUACCUCGGCUACCCGCUCGCCGACAUCCACGCCGACGGGUCGAGCGUCAUCAUGCUCGAGCCGGAUCAAGCCGGCCUCGUCGACGUCGGUACCUGCUCGGCCCAGCUCCUGUACGAGAUCCAGGGCCCCCUGUACUACAACAGCGACGUCGUCGCCGACUUGCGCACGGUCCAGUUCGAGCAGGUCGGCGAGAACCAGGUCCGCGUCUUUGGUGCUCGCGGCUUGCGUCCGCCGCCGACGACAAAGGUCGGCAUCACGGCGCGAGGAGGCUUCCAGGCCGAGUUCCGGUACUUUCUGUGCGGCCUCGACAUCCUCGAGAAGGCCGCCAUGCUCGAGGCGCAGGUCCGAGCGUCGCUUCCUGAUCUCGACGCGUUCAGCCUUCUCAAGUUCACGGUCACGGGCACGCCGGGCGUCAGUCCCGAGAGCCAGGACGAGGCGACCGUCGAGUUCCGCAUCUUUGGCCAAGCGCGAGAAGCCGACACUCUGAAGCCGGCCAAUUUCGCUCGCCCGAUCAUCGACCAGAUCAUGCAGGGCUACCCUGGCUCGACUUGCGGCGCCGACACUCGCAUGGCUGUGCCCAAGCCGUUCUACGAGUACUUCGUCACCCUCAUGCCGCAGGACCGCAUCGAGCACCGCGCGCACCUGCUCAAGUCGAGCGAGACGAUCGACAUCCCGCCGCCGACCAUCACCGAGCCGUUCGUCCGUCAGCAGGAGUCGUACGACCCUCGCGACCCGCAGCCGCUGUCGACGUACGGCGAGACGACGAGGGGCCCGCUCGGGUGGAUCGUGCACGCGAGGAGCGGCGACAAGGGCUCGGAUUCCAACGUCGGGUUCUUCGUCCGUCACGACGACGAGUUCCCCUGGCUCAAGGACCUGCUCACGAUCGACAAGGUCAAGGAGCUCCUUGGUCGCGACGCAAGCCGGGCCAAACGCAUCGACCGCUUCGAGCUGCCGCACCUCAAGGCCGUCCACUUCCUCCUCAAGGACCACCUCGACCGCGGCGUCGCGAGCACGUCGAGCUACGACUGCCUCGGCAAAAACGUCGCCGAGUACCUCAGGUGCAAGCACGUCGACCUGCCGCAAAAGUUCCUCGAGCGCGGCAAGAUCUGAGCAGCCGAGCUGUAGCUCUCGAUGAGCCGUGGAUUGUACACAUACCCUCGUCGCACUCGC